AUGGGCGCCUCGUCGACUUUUGCCCAUGCGCCUUUGUCCAAGACCAUCAUCUUCGGCACUUCAAUCCUCUCCCUGCUUCUCUCAGGGCACAAACAUUACCUCGAUCUUCCUCUUAAACCUCAUCUCACCAGAGACUUGCAAUUUUGGAGGAUAUUCACUCACCAUACUGCUUGCUCGAACUCUGCAGAUCUAUUUCUAAUAGUGCUAAUUCUAUGGAAUACGUCGGUGGCCGUUGAGAGGCGGUUCGGAACUGUGAAGUAUGCUAGUUAUUUGAUUGUUACGAUCGUCGUUGGGUCCCUCUUAGAGCUGAUAGGGUUGGUGAUCAGCCAUAGCAUACUAGGAUAUCGGGCGAUACCGUCGGGGCCGUUCAUGGUGACGUUUGCGAUAGCGUACCAACACCACAGCAUCGUGCCCUCAUUAUACGACUACCGAAUAGGCCGGGUCCAUCUCGACUCACACAGUCUAGUGCCCGACCUUCUCAGCCUCCUUCUCGGCCUCUUCAACCCGCUCUCGAGUCUGGUCGGCAUCCUUGUCGGCGCGCUCUACCGGACCGACCAGCUCGGCCUCGCCCGCUGGCGCAUCCGCAACGCCUUCCUCCUCAACCGCCUCCAUUCCGCCUCUUCCUCGGACCGCCGUAGGAAACCUAGACCGACCCAUGCUUCCCUCGAAGACGACCCCCGCUUCGAAGCUACCAUCGCCCCCACUCGCUCCACCCGUUGA